AUGUCUCCCCAUCUUGGAGGCAACGUCAAGGCUCUCGACAUCAAUAUUGCGAUCAAAUCCAUGUCGGAGGCCAUGAAUAGAGACUUGGAGGUGAUCCUGAACAGCCAACAGAGUGACAACGGCUUGGCUUUCAGCGCGGACCAAUUACUCCCUGAGAAUAGCCAUGAGACGAUUAUCCAGUUCAUGUUGGCCUUGUUCCCCCGCCUUAAGAGCUUGACUCUUAGUAUACCAAGAGACUGGAGGUUUGACACACUUUCGACCUGGUACGGCAACCAAGGAGGACCAGCAUCUCGAAGAUUGCUGGAAUCACUUCGCUCCGCCAAAUUCACCUUGGACAGACAUGUGGGCGAUACAUGCACUCCGGAACAUAGAAAGUGUAAUCACCCCACUCGAGAGAGUCCUGUGGAAAUGCUUCUCACCACCGCUGCCUCCUCCACUCUCGAAACUUUGCACUGUACCGCUGGAGCUCUUGAGUUUCUUCCAGACCUACCUCGUCUUCAGGAGCUGUGUUUGGAAAUGAGAGGCUCGUGGUCGAAGCUCAGUCCUCUGCUGGCCAACAUAUCAACUCUUCUACGGUUUGCCUACCUGUCGACUAAUCAACAUGGUCCUUUGGCUCGAGAGGUUGAGAUUGCUCUGGAACCUCAUAAAGCGACGCUAGAGGUUCUCCAAAUUGACUUCUGCUGGACUAUUACCACCUCUCCAUUCGACGAGUUCCUAGACUGGAAACCACCCGCAGACGACCGAUAUCAAAUUACAUCUCUCCGAGACUUCAGCAACUUAAGAUAUGCCGCCCUCGAAGCUAACCAUAUCUGGAACUUCGCUCCAGUAGAGACAGAGACAGGGACAGAGACAGGGACAGAGACAGAGACAGAACCACCAAGCUAUAAAAAUCUUUCCGACUUUCUACCCGAGUCAUUGGAGUUACUCUUUCUCGAUUUUGAAGGAACCCCUGGAAAAGAGCUUUUACUCCCACUAGCUCGAGCAAUUUCGGAGGGAGAACACACAAAACUUGGGACUGUACUGUGGCUUGGCACCGAGGAAUGGGAGUGUAUGUCGAUGGAUCGGAAAGCUGAUGAGAAUUGGUUGGAGGAGGAUUUUUGGAAGGAGCCGUUACCCACCGAAAUGUACAAUGUUAGGGGUGACCGAUUCCCUGACUGGCUUGAGAUGAUGGGUCGGCCAAAUACCCAACGUCGGUUCGGGACUACGAUUUGA